AUGUCGCUUCGUUCCGCUUCUCGGCUCGCGAGAUCUCUCAGAGUCGCUCCUCGUCCCUCCGUCACUCUUCAGCCCUUGGCUCGCAGGCCCAACUCCUCAAGCUCUCAUGGUCAACCGAAAGGGAACGACCGAAUGUGGCAGGUCGGUGCUUUGCUAGGAUGGGGAGCCAUAACUGCAUGGAUCUUCCAACACUACCAAAACAGGGCUCACCAUGGACAUGGACACGGACACGAUUCUCAUGGACAUGAGGAGCAUGAAGAAGUAGAGGAAUCUAGCGAGGAGGACAGCAGCAGUGCAGAGGGUGUCGCUGCCGCUGCCAAGGGUCUCAAGGACAAGGCCGAAGACGCCACGGAAGAUGCGAAAGAAAAGGCUUCCGGCCUAGCCAAGGACGUCAAAUCCAAGGCAUCCGAGCUCACUGAAGACGCCAAAUCCAAAGCUUCAGAGGCUACCGAAGCUGUGAAAGCCAAGGCGUCGGAAGCGAAGGAGUCUCUGUGGUCUCGAGCCUUUAAGGCCAAGGAGAAUGUCAAAGACAAGGCAUCCGAAGCGAAGGAGGCUGUAGAGGACAAGGCAUCCGAGGCCAAGGACAAGGCUGAUGAGGCUACUGAGCACGUCAAGGACAAGGCUGCUGAAGCCAAGGAGAACGUCAAGGACAAGGCCGCCGAGGCUAAGGAGAACGUCAAGGACAAAGCCUCCGAAGUUGCCGAUGCCGCUAAGUCAAAGGCUAAGGAGGUCAAAGAUAAGGCUGAGGAUGAGGCUGGAGUGAGUGCUCAGGAUAUCAAAGAUAGCUUGAACAGAGCCGAAAAGAGCAAUGUUCCAAGAGCAGCUAUGGCUGCUGAGGAGAAACAGUAA